AUGCCAGAAUUUACUUGUCAAACAUGUCAAGUCGUUCUCAAUGAGGCAGAAAUGCUGAAGCAUAUCUCCCAAACCCGUCACAAGUCUCUAUUGUAUAGGCUGGAAACCCUUGAUUGUGAACAGUGUCAUGAUACCAAUAUUCAUCAGCUCAUAAUUGUGAGGUAUGGGGGAUCGGAUAUGUCGAUGUUUUGUGAGCUGUGUUUCAGCAAGGAACAAGAUAAGCCUGUCAUUCAACAUACCAUGGCCAACGGCUCUAUCCUUAAGAAAUAUCCCCAGUAUGUCAAAGUCCGUGAUAUGGAGUGUUUUGAUUGUGGCAGUGACGAAAAUUUAAACUUUGUGAUCCUGAACAACAAGGAAUACCCAUUAGCAAAUGAUUACAUUGUCUGUAACGCUUGUAAAAGUGGCUACGAUGAUAUUUCGGGAUUAAAAUUCAUCAGUGAAGAAGAUGAAGGGUUUUUAUACGAAUUUUUAGGAAUACCCAGAGAAAAAAAUGUGAAGAAGGGCUCUUUCAAAGGUCGUGGAAGACGUAGAAAGGUUGGAAGAGGGGCUGGUGGUAGAGGAGGGAGAAGAGGUGGUGGCAGAGGAAGGGGAAGAGGGAGAGGGAGGGGAAGGGGGCGCGGAAGGGGAAGAGGUGGUGCUAAGGACAAUUCUAGGGGUGGCUCAAGAGCAAGUUUCAGAAAUGACGGUGGUGCUAGAAAUAGUAAUGAUACUGGUAGGAAGACCAAUGAUAGUAAUCCAAUGGAAAUCAUUAAAGAGAAUAGGAUCGUUUCCCUGAAAAUUCCUGAUAAUAUCAUCAUCAAUACAGGUGAUUCAAGCGCUCCAAAUUCUAACCUGAAGUCAAGCAGCGGAAAACUGAAAGGCGCCAAAAACAGUGUCAAGAAUGACCCGAAACCUAAAAACAGUAAACCAAACAAGAAACCAAAGAAACUUGCUGCCAAUACUGAGACAGAAAAGUCCGAAGCUGGAAAUGGUGAUGGUCAGAAAACUGGAAAAAGUGUGAAAAGUGAUUCUGAAAAGAAGGAAUCAAAAUCUAAGGCUGAUAAGCAAGCAAAACAAUCUAAACAAGGCGUAAAGGAUGGUAAACCAAAAGAUACUGAUCCAAAAGAUGAUAAGCUUUUAAUUGACAAAUCAAAGAGCUCUAAACCAAAAAAUGAUAAGCCAAAGAAUGCUAAAUCUAAUGAUAAAGCGAUCGAAAAAUCAGAAAAAGAUCAAUCUGGGAAGUUUGGUAAAAAGAGUGUAAAGACUGGGAAGCAAAAAAAUGGGAACGAUUCAAAAACCACCAAAUCAAAUGACAAAAGUAAAGACAAGCCAAAAAAGAAUAGUAGGAAAGACUUUAGUAAAGAUGACACAAUCAUUAACCCAGAAUCUAUUUCUACAAAUCUUGAAGCGCUCGUUGACUAUGUUUCUAAAAAAUCCACCAAUCUCAGCUAUGAUUCUAUGGAUGAAUAUUUCCGAGAAAUGUGUUACUCCCUUUAUUUGGAAGAAUUAUACGAAAACAAUCCGAUUGAGAAGUUUUAUAUUGAGUGGUGGACAAAAGACCCAAAUCGUGGCUACUCUCCUGUUUUCAGUUAUAAAGAAGAAAUGGAUACCAGACUUAGUAAGAAGAUGCAGGCGGUUAGAAAGUCUCCUUUUAGUAUGAAUCAAGGCUUUAUUUUGAACGAUGGGCUUGAUAAGCUUUGGUAUGGUUAUGUUGAUGGGAAUACGGUCAAGAAAUCUAAGAAUUAUAAUGAGAAGAUUAUCAUAUUGAAUAUUAAACUUUACCCAUGGAGUAAUGAACCUUUGCCAACCUAUUUGAAAGAUUUUUCCAACUUAAAUAUCUUGCCAUGUAGUGCCACCGCCACGAGAAUUAUGUUUGCAAUGUCCAAUUUAAAUAAUCCUGAAUUCAUAAAAAUGGUCUUAGGGAAGACACCAAUAAAGCAAAUCAAAUUUGCCAACCAUGUUAACUACACUAAAGAGUUCAAUGAUUCUCAAAAGAAAGCCAUUCAAUCGACUUUAAAUAAUUCCAUCACAGUUUUACAAGGUCCUCCAGGUACGGGUAAAACCUCUACUAUUGUGGAAAUCAUCCUUCAGCUUCUUGAAAACUACCAUACUUUCCCGAUCCUUGUGGUGGCUGCUUCCAAUAUUGCGAUUGAUAAUAUUGCCGAGAAAUUACUCGACAAGUAUGGAAAUUCUUUGUUGCGUAUUGUUUCUGCUGAGAAAGAGAAGGAAUAUCCGGAGGACCAUUUGUUGGGUAAAAUUACCCUUCAUUAUAAAACUGACCAAAUUAUCUCUGAUGACAUGAAAGCUGUGAAAAAGGCUUUAAGAACUGGAUAUGGUCUGCAUGUUUCACAAAACCAAUUCAAGAAACUUGUUUCCAGUCAAGCUAGAGCUUCUGAGAAACUUGUUGCUAACUCCAAGGUGAUUUUCACUACCACUGUGGUGGCUGGCUGUGCCCAACUUAAGAGCGUUGCCAAAAUGCCAGUUAUUAUUAUGGAUGAAGCUACACAAUCUUCGGAGCCAACCACUCUCAUUCCAUUAUCGAUGCCUGGAGUAAAGAAAUUUGUUUUUGUUGGUGAUCAAAACCAAUUGAGUUCUUUUUCUAAGGUUAGUAAUCUUGAGCUUUCAUUAUUUGAAAGAGUCAUUAAGAAUGGAACUUACAGAGACGCCCAUAUGUUGAAUGUUCAAUACCGUAUGCACCCAUACAUUUCUGCUUUCCCAAGAAAAAGAUUCUAUAAUGAUUUGCUUAGUGAUGGUCUUACUGUGGAGGCCCGUACCAAGGAAGGAAUUGCAAAACCACUUUUGCUCUGGGACACGGAAGGUAAGGCUCCAGAAAGCACUGUGAGAAACCACCAGAAGCAAAGAGGUAUUCAACGUUUCCAAAAAUCUGCUGGUUAUUCUUAUCAAAACACUGGGGAAGCCAUGAGAGUGCUUGAAGUGUUGAGAACUCUUGUGCUUGAAAAGAACGUUCCAAAGGACGAGAUUGGUGUGAUUACUCCGUACAGGGCCCAAAGAGAUGUAUUGUCUGAAUGGAUCCAAGGAGAUGAAUUGUUGAAUCCCCAUAAUGAGGAAAUUGAACAAGAAGUGGAUAAAGACGAUAUUUUCUCUGAUGGCAAAAAUAUCACUGUGAACAAAGUUUCGGGUAUGAUGAUUGCUUCAAUUGACGCUUUCCAAGGUAGAGAAAAGGAUUUUAUUGUUUUCUCUUGUGUUAGGUCCAAUGAGCAAGGCACUGUUGGGUUUGUCAGAGAUCAGAGAAGAAUGAAUGUGGCGUUAACCAGAGCGAGAUAUGGGUUGGUUUUGGUUGGUGAUUUCCAAUGCUUGAAGAAGGGCGAUGAUAAUUGGAAUGAUUAUUUGACCAGUCUCGAAGAGCAGGAUUUCAUUCAUAGAGGGGAUAAGUUUGAAUAUUGA